AUGCCUAUGGAGAAGCACGAAUACUUGAGUGAUGUGUGGAGGGAUGGCAUUUUUGACAACAAAGUCGUGUUCUGCACCGGCGGAGCAGGCUCAAUAUGUUCCGCUCAAGUCCGCGCCAUGGUGCACCUCGGUGCCAACGCUUGCAUAAUCGGGCGCAAUGUCGAGAAGACAGAGAACAUGGCCAAAGAUAUCGCAACGGCAAGGAAGGGCGCAAAAGUACUGGGUCUAGGCGCAGUAGACGUAAGGAAACCAGAGGCGCUGGUCGCCGCUGCAGAGCGUUGCGCGAAAGAACUGGGCAGCAUAGACUUCGUGAUUGCCGGUGCAGCAGGAAACUUCCUCGCUACCAUCGACCAGAUAUCGUCGAACGCGAUGAAGUCGGUCAUGGACAUUGACGUGCUGGGCUCUUACAACACACUGAAAGCGACUCUGCCUUAUUUGGUCGACUCAGCAAACAAGUAUAAAGUGGACGGCAAGACGCCUCCCAAGGCCGGCACUGGAGGCCGUAUCAUCUUCGUCAGUGCUACACUACACUAUUCAGGCACUCCGCUGCAGAGUCAUGUCUCUAUCGCGAAGGCAGGUGUCGACGCUAUGUCGGUAUCUGUGGCUAUCGAGCAAGGACCCAAAGGUAUCACUUCCAACGUGAUUGCGCCAGGUCCCAUUGCGGGCACAGAAGGCAUGGCGCGUCUGUCAACAGAUGACAGCCGCAAGGAGACACCGCGCCAGAUCCCGUCCCAGAGAAUGGGCUACGUGAAAGAGAUCGCAGACGCCACCGUCUAUCUGUUUUCGGAUGCUGGCAACUUCGUUAAUGGAGAGACUAUUGUCGUGGAUGGCGGCGCAUGGCACAACCAGAGCAUCGACAAAGGGGCGUUCAAGUAUCCCGACUUCCUCCUCUCGGGAGACACUGUGACGGGUGUAGCUGGUAUGAAGAAGAAGUCCAAGUUGUAG